AAAGAAGAAGAAAGAGAGGAGGAGGCCACCACCUCGACAUAUAUGCGGUGAAACCGCGCGCCUCCUGACUCAGUGCUUGACAGGCUAGCAAGCUUUAAGGAUCUGUGGGUAUCGCGCCUACCGACAAUCCUGAACCCCUCCCCCACCCUAUCGACUCGAUCUUUUUCACGCGUGAUACUUUUGCUCUUGUUUUACUUCUUCUUCUUCUUCUCUCUCUCUCUCUCUCUUUUUUCUUGCUCUAUUCAUCUCGAUCUCUUUCUUUUUUUCUUUUGCUAUCCCAGAGAAGAGAAACAGAUAGACACCACGAGGAGAUCAGCGUCUUUCACUCUGUUACCUCAGAAGAGGGUACAUUACUCUUGUCUCUGGAGAACCAUCUCGAGUCUGACGUAAUAUAUGAAAAGAAAGAUCUAAGGAGGAAGAACCGAAGAAAGAAUUACGGUCGCUAAAAUUGCCAAGGUCGAGCGUGCCGGUGUGUCUUUGCGAGUGGAACUGGAGAAAGAGGAGGAGGAAGAAGAAGAAGAAGAAAUAGCAGCGACGGUCGUUCGAAAGGGGGGCAAUGUUCAUCGGGAGGAUGCAUGUCGUCAUAGGAAAGCAGGCCAAGGUGGUGUAUCGGUGAAGAAGCUCCGUUUCGACUUCGAGUACGCGCGCAAUAUUCUUCGAGAUGACGAUGAUGAGGAGACCGGGCCGGAACUGAAGGUUACGAGGGUGCAGCGGGACCGCUCGUCGCACUCUUCGUCUCUUUCUCCUCCCACCCUCUCUCAAUAUUUCUCUCUCUCUCCUCUCUAUCACUCUCCUUCUCUCUCUCUCUCUAUCUCUCUCACUCUCUCUCUCUCUCUCUCUCUCUCUCUCUCUCUCUCUCUCUCUCUCGAUUCUCUUUCAUAUUUUCUAUCCUUUUGUUUCCUAGUCAGUCAAAGUUUCUUUUAUCAGACAGUGUGUCGUAUCUAUUUGUUUUCAACCCCUACUACAUGCGUACAUUAUUUCGUUUUCGCGAUGUGAUGAAAAAAAGUCCACUGACCGAUUAAAAGUGUGCCUUAAAAGCGAGAACCGAUUGAUCCUAUCCCGUCGUUGUCAUCUUCUCGUGAAUUAGUCGCGAGUGCCAAAAAAAGGCCAACUUUUCUAUGUAAUUGAUCGGUAAAACGGGCACCGAUUGAAACCGCGAAGACGUAGGGAAGAAAGCGAAGCUGGAUCGCGUAGAUCGCGAUCGUGCUACGACGGGCUGGCGAUCGCAUAUUCCGGCCGGUAUAAUAUCACCGACGGCUAAACACGCCAAACGGAAGUUUCUCGAAGUGAAAAACGUGAAACGGAGGUCACACGUAGUUGGUAAGAAGAAGCUGGUGCUUUGCGAUAAAGGAGGAGGUGGUGGUAGUGGUGGUGGUGGAGGAACAAGAGGAGACGGCAAAGUCAGAGGAGGAGGAGGAAGUGGUGGUUGCGGAGAAGAGGAAGGUAGAGAAGAAAGUGGUGGAGAAAGAAGAGGACGGCGACCAGCCGGAAGAAAGGAAGAAGAGGCAGAAGGUGGGGGAGGAGGAAAAGGAAAAGGAAAACUCGAGGAGGGUGGAGUUUCCUCUUUCGAGGUGAGGAUACGGAAGCGGAAGAAGCGCUGAGAGUAGAGUAGAAAAGGAAGGAGGGAGAAAAGAAGAAGAAGAAGAAGAAGAAGAAGAAGAAAAAGAAGGAGGAUGACGUUGUCGUUGCGGGCCAUCUGAUCGUCAGAUCGCGCCUAAGACGGAAGCCCGCGAUCGACGCUUCCUCGUUGUGAGGAGCGUGACCUUGGGAGCAAAAUGGUCACGAGAACGCUCCUGAUACUCUCGUUGCUCCUCCUCGGUGCCUUCGACGCGCCUGGCAUCGAGAGAGCUCGCGUCGGAUAUUUCGUGAUGGCCGGCAAUGCUUGCAACGCCUGUAGGAUGCACGAGAAGAUCAGGGCUCUCAGUCUUGAAGCUAUCAAAGAACAGAUACUCAAUAAGCUCGGAUUGAAACAGGCACCUAAUAUGACUGGCAGGGCCUUACCGAGGAUCCCGCCUAUUUCGAAACUCAUGGACAUGUACGGGAUGCAGGCCGAUCAACCUCAACCUGUAGAACCUGGUAUCACUCAUCACGAGGAAGUCGACGAGUACACCGCCAAGACCGAAAGCGUCUUUGCCUUGGCACAACCACAUCAAAGGCUAAGGCAUUCAAAAGGAAGUCUAGACGUGUUGUACUUCAAGUUCUCCGACAAGGUGAUUCAACAUCGAGUGACAAGAGCAGAAUUGUCUCUCUGGGUUUGGGGUACCAAUCAGGAUAAUGACGAGCCAAGCGAGUCAGUUGACCUGGAUAACUUGGAGAUUCAUCACGAAGGACCUAUGACGAUCACGCUUCAAAGGAUUCUUCGUGGUGUCACAGAAUCAGGUGGUCCGUUGUUGGGUCCACCGUUAACGACGAAACAUCCUCGACCGAACGGUCGCAGAGGUGCUUGGAUCACGAUUGAAUUAAGAAGAAUGGUGGCCGAAUGGUUCAAGCAUCCUAGAGAUAACUUAGGUGUCGCUCUAAAGAUUUCGGGUCCUGGUGGAAAUCAUCGUAGGAAUUCGAGACUUGUCGAGACAAAUCCCGGGGCUGAGUUUGCCCCAUAUCUCGAAGUGCAAACACAAGAAUUGGACACGAGGAGAGGUGGUAGGAUUAAGAGAAACGUCGGUCUUAAUUGUGAUGAGGCCAGUCAAGAAACGAGGUGCUGUCGCUACAAGCUCACGGUGGAUUUCGAAAAGUUCGGAUGGGAUUGGAUAAUCGCGCCUAAAAAAUACGACGCAAAUUACUGUUCGGGCGAUUGUCCGAUGGCUUUUCUGCCAGUCUAUCCAAAUACCCACAUAGUUAGCUUAGCGGAACCACCAAACAACACGGGUCCAUGUUGUGCUCCGAGAAAGCUUUCGGAGAUUACGAUGCUUUACUUUGACAACGAGUAUCAAAUCGUUUUCUCGCGACUACCAGGCAUGGUCGUUGAAAGAUGUGGAUGCUCAUAGUCUCCAUUAUUUCCAUUCUGGAGAAGCAAGAACGAGGAAGACGUGUGUCGUUGGUUCGUUGCUGGUGAAUUUUCCAUGAAGAAAAAAAAACAAAAAAGGAAAAAAGAGAAAAAACAUGGGAAAAAAUUCUUCAUCCGAUAGACUGAAAGUGCCUUGUUCGGAAGUGUUAGGUGUCGCGCGCUUGAACGUUUGACGUGUAGAAAAUGACGGUCAAAAAAAAGGAAUGAAAGAAAAAUAAGAAGAUGGAAAUAAGAGGAUGAUAAUAGAAACAAAGGAAUGGAAGAGAAAAAAGUUCGAGCGGGCAACCUUGAUGGUGAAUCCACGGCAAGGCGAAUAGUUCCUAGAGUCACGGUAUUAUUUUUAAGGCGCCAAUGCGUUUGCUCCUGAUUCAAGAGAACGACCUUUAUAAGGCAUUUUGAUUUCUUCCUCGUUACGUGUUCCCCAUACAUCCCUUCUCUUAUUUUUAGUUCGACUUCUCCUUUCCUUCGUUUCGAAUGUAGAAACGUUAAUGACGAAGUUCGAGCAUACUGAUCCCGUCCCUUUUUUUCGAUUAUUGAAAUUUCUCUCUCUCUCUCUCUCUCUCGUGCUGUUAGCGAUUUGUAAUACUACAGCGUUUGCUAUGGUAAUAAAAAUGAUGACAUCGUUCGUCUUACAUUUAUAAUAUCUGUAGCAACGAUCAUUUUUGAUCGACGAGGACGUACUGGCCAAAAGAUCUCGGUAUACAGUGAAAUAAUAUUGUUUCUUUUUUAACAUUCUUUUUCAUACUCCAGUCUUUUCGAAAUUUCUAAUCUUUUUCCUAUCCACUUGUUUUUGUUUUCUGUUUUCUUUUCUUUUCUUUUUUUUCUUUUCUUUCUGUUUUUAAAUCGAUAUUACGAGUGAUUGUGAGAGAAUGCGUAUAAACUGUGAAUGUGUACAUAAAAUAAUCCAAGCAAGUAUGACAUAACUUUUGUCAAAUUUCUCGAUUCGUAUCGGGGAAUUCGUAGAGGAGCGAAUUAAUUAGCAAAGCUCCGUCUCUUUUCUAAAGUAAAUAUCUAAUAUGGUAAGUUGUAGAUAAAAAGUGUAACUGACCCGGGCAUGCGUCUUUUAUUAAAUUCUAUCGUACAAUAAUGAAGGUUUCCUUCCUACGCCAUUUUAAGAUAAUUUGCGAAUACAAUUUAACGAAAUACUUUACUACAAUUUAACGAAAAUUUUUGAUACACCUGAAUACAUUCAACCUUUCUUUCUCCUUUCUCUCUCUCUUUCCCUCUCUCUCUCCCUCUCUCUCUCUCUCUCUCUCUCUCUCUCUCUCUCUCUGUCUUUCUCUCUCCCUUCACCUCUUUCCUCUCUUUUUAUCCUCUACGGCUUCGAAUUUUUCAAGUUAUGUGCACCGUAGUAAACUUUUGUAAAAUAGAUAAUUGACUUGUGCAUCGUCUCAAAAAUUACAACGAAUAAUUAUGCGAGGAAAGUGUAUAAAAAUAUAUUAGGUGUACAAAUGAAUAAUCCAAAUUUUUAUCAGUAGUUACAAAAUUAAUAUUAAAAUUGAUUGAUUUUCUUUUUCUUUUACAAUUAUAUUACGUUGGUAUAUAGCUGUUAGAAGUGAGAAUCGGUUUGGAAUAAUAUUGAAUAUAAUCUCAAACUGUAUUCAGUUUGAUAAAGUCGAAUAUGGCAACAUGUAAAAUACACAUCCGAUAACGUGUGAGAGUGUCUUCCUCUAAUUAAUAAACAAUGUAGAAAAUUUUUCUUGCGGACAAUUAAUCUGAGGUGCAAAAAAUCAUGGCAAAAAUCCUGAGAACAAACAACAACAUCGGUUGGAAAGUUUAAAUGCUUCAAAAAACAAUUAUUCCUCUGCAUUUAGUGGAAUAUCAAAGUUGAAACCGAGUGAAAUAGUACUGCCAACUGUUAUCGAAUCAAUCGACUAAUCAGUUUAAGCCAAGAAUUGGAACAAUAUAGUCCGUAUACUGGGAAAGAAGAGUGUCCUGCAAAAUUGCUGCAAUGACAACAUCAGACCACACGGUGUUUCUAAAGAUAUCAUAAUGAGUUUUGGCGGGAUGUUCCGGGGCAUCCAACAUAUUUACCAGAUACUGCUUCAUCGGAUUACCGCUUGUUCCGAACGAUACAACAUAUCCUUAUCCAAUAUAUACUUCCAAUCAGUGGAUGAGAGAUACAACAAAAUGGCUUAACAAUUUAAUCGCAUUCAAAGAUAUAUUUUUCCGAGACUGAAUUCAUUACCUGUCUCAAAGAUAGCUUAAAUUUAUAAAAAGUAACGGCAAAUAAUUUGAGUGAACAACUUGCUUCAUUUGAUUUCAAAAUAAACCUUGAGGUUUGCAAAAAGAAAAAAUUGGAUUAUUCAUUCGUACACCUAAUAUUUCAAUACUAUUUCUUACCGAGGCUAUUCCCUUUUCCUUACUAUUGUUUAGAGCUAAGGCCCUUCAAACGAAAAGGCAACCACCUCUUUUAUAUUUUUUUUCUUUGAUUUUGUUGUCUUUUUAUCUUUGUCUUCUUUUUCGCUCUUCGUUUGUUUGUCAGUGUAUCUAUUAUUAAAAAUAAUGGAAUUGUGUACUUUCCAGUAUCCGAAGGAGAACGACAAAGAAAAAAAAAUGCAUACUUAUAUGUAUAAUGUGUACUUCUUAGGUAGAGAGCAUAGAUAGAAAAAUAUUUAUUCGAUAAAAUAAAUGGUUUUUUCGAGAAACAAGUGUCUUUAUUGUCUUUAUCUUCGCUUACGUUUACUUUAAUUUUUGUAUUAACAUGUCGACACACAUUAUCGCAAUUAAAAGAAUACCGCAAUUUUGUUCGUUGAGAUCGAUAUUAUUUUUUUAACAAAAAAAAUAUAUGAUGGUUGUUACGUCAACGUGUUAAGGGUAAAUUCAUGCAUGUUCUUUGAAUUCACGAAGGACUUUAGUCGAAAAAAAGAUUCGCGUUAAAUUUGAAUUGCAUUUUCUUUGUUCAUUGCCAUUUUUGAUAUUCUUAUUUUUCAAACGAAAUCGCUUUUCUCUUUCUAUAAGUCGGAGGAUGAAAUCAAAAUCGAUGAAAGCGGCAACGUUUCGUUUCUUGACGUUCAACGCGAUAAACUUUCGGGGCACAAGAGGCGGCUGCGAUUGUUUGAUGAUCGCUUUUUUGUCUACAAGUAUUAAACUGAAUGCAUUUUGUUCAAAAAGUAAAAAAAAGUGAGAGAGAGAGAGAGAGACAGAGACAGAGAGAAAGAGAGAGAGAGAGAGAGAGAGAGAGAGAGAGAGAGGGAGAGAGAGAAAAAAAUCAGUACAAAUAAAUACGAAGGAGGUAAAUAUUUUUCGCAACGGUUAUGAAAAUAUCGUAGAUCAGCUGAAUUUUCCAUGAUAAAUUUCUUUUGUCGUUCGAGGGUCUCUUAAUCUUAACGACGCUGUUAGAAGAAGAAACGUAAAAAAUAAUGAAAAUCAAAUUUUCGUUGGCCUCUACUCGGAGUCAAAAACACCGAUGAUUCUUUAUCGAACCCGAUAGAACUUGACCCGCGAAUAAAUCGAAUCAGUUGCAUUCAAAAUUAUGUUUAUUUCUUAAUUUCUCGAUUAAACGACGAUGAUCAAAAAGAAUUUCCUACCCAGCUUCUUAAAUUCUAACUCUGAUCAAAUAGAUUUAUUAUUAUAAUCUUACGAGUACAUUAUGGCGACAUUAUUGAUCGUCGAUAAACCUGAAUUAAAGUUCCACUUUUAUUGAUAGUA